AUGCAUCCACUUUGGAGGCUCCUGGUCCUCCUCCGUUUGCUGUCCUUGCCCUCGGCACUGCACAAGCAGCCCUGGCCUGACAUGGCCAAGGCCCACACGAACAGCCAAUCCACCCUGGUGAGAAUUAUUACCCAGGGCCUCACGAUGCACAAUGCAGAGGGCCGAAUCCAGAACAUUUGCCUCCUGGACAGUCUGAAUGCCUCGGGACAGGUGGCCCCAGGGAUGGUGGGCUGGCUAACUGGCAGUAGCAUGAGCCUCCAGCAGCAGAAAGAGGGCAGUGCCAACAUCACCAACAUUCAGCUGGACCAUGGCAGGACCCAGAUGUCUUUCCAUAAGGAGUGGUUCUCAGCAAAAAUCUCACUUGAAUUUGACAUUGACUUGAGACUGCCCUUCAAUAACAAGACUGCAAAGACACAUGCAUGCAUGAACAUUGCUGUGGAGUUCUGGCUGGAGAAAGACGAGUUUGGCCGGAGGGAUCUGGUGAUAGGCAAUUGCCACGUGGAGCCCAGCAGUGUCUACACAACAGACCUAACGGAAGAUAUCUCAUCAAAGAUGAAACAUUUUCUCCACAAUUUUAGACGAAAUCUGGAAAAAGUUAUCCCACAGCUGAUAGAAGAUCAGGUAUGUCCUCUGAUCAGUGAAAUCCUCAGGCAGCUGGAUGUGAAACUGUUGAAACACCUCAUGGGUGAGUGUCUGAGUUUAUCCAUGGAGGACUCAGGAUGA